AUGCCGUGUUGUAAAAUCGUUUCCUUUUCAGAAUGCAAAUGCACCCCAGAAAAGUGCGGGGAGAACUGCAAGUGCCAAAACCCAGGACAAUGUGGAUGCAAUCCCUCGAAUGCCUCCUCCUCGGGCGGAUGUUGCAAGAAGACCGGCGACACUGCGGGUGGUGACUCCAAGGGAAAAUGCUGCGGCGACAAGAAGUAGAAGACAAUACCCAUUCAUGCCAGAGAAAAAAUACAUUUUCGUUCCUUUUAUUUCUCGAUGGCCAUAACUGCUAGUGAGCUGUUAUCAUUAAAUACAUUUAUUGUUUAAUCGAAACAAAA